UUGUCAGAGCUGAGCUCAAACACACCACGGUGAGGGAAGAUGGCUGUUCUCUCCUUCCUCCUGCUGCUGGCUCUAACAGAUGCAGCGACAGGUCUGUUCUGGAGAAAAUAUGUUCACCGCAACACACCUUUGUCCUGGACUGAUGCUCAGACGCACUGCAAAGCUUAUUAUGUAGAUCUGGCAGUUACUGACACACAAUGGGAAUUCGACAGUUUCGUAAAUCAAACGCGUAGUCAUAAAUCUGACCAGUGCUGGAUCGGCCUUAGAAAAAAUAAAGGUGUGACAGCGUUUACACAGUGGUCUGAUGGAAGAGUACUGGACUUCAAUAAGUGGAAAAAUGGGCAACCUGACCAUCCUGACACUGAAGACUGUGCGUUUACUAACAAUAAUGAGUGGGAAAAUAAACAAUGUACAGAAAUUCGGAACUUUUUCUGCUACACUUGGGCACCUCAGAUGAUCGUGGUGCAGGAGAUGAAGAACUGGCACGAGGCUCUGGUGCACUGCAGAAGGCACUACACUGACCUGGUAAGUCUCACCACGGCGACUGAUCACUUUCUGGCGAAGAACAGGAGUGAGGAAAUUCUUACUCCCACUUUCUGGACCGGUCUACGCUUCAUGGAUGGCUCAUGGUUCUGGGUGAACCGGAAUUAUAUGCCGAGCCUGACUUCAAUGCCUUCAUGCCCCGCCUGGCCUUACCGGUGUGGAGCGAGAAACAUUAGAGAUGGUGUCUGGGAGAACAGAGACUGCGAGGAGAAAAUGAACUUCAUUUGCUACCACUACAUUUGAAUUCAUUUAUAAGAUGAAGAGGUUCACUGCAAUGAAGACCGGCACGAGACGACGAAGAGAUGAAGGACAGAGAUUCUGAGCGGAUUAAUAUCAAUGAAACAGCAUAUAAUAUUCUAAUCUGAAUUAUUUCUCUAGAAUUGUUACUCCAGUACUCAAUAUUUACUCCAAUACUAUCUUUAACUGCUAAAUUAUGCUGCAGUAAAUAGUUUUCUUUAGUAGAUGUGUUUUAUUUUAUUUUAAUCCACUGUAAGGCAUACUGUAACCUUUGCCCAUAGGUAUGAUAUACUACAUGCUAUAAGAUAUGAUAUGUUAUAAGCUUUUCCGAGUUCAUGAAAGGAUAUUUGUAUUUUAUCCUCCACUGUAAUGAUAAUAAACAUUAAAUAAAAUGGUGAAGUUUAAAGUUU